AUGGCGAUAUGCAAUUUCAAAGUUAAAUAUUCUGAUAUCGUUGAUGAGGAUGAAGAUGAUGAGGGCCGCCAAUUUGAGAAAUUCCUUCUUAAAAUUUUUUGCUGUUUCUGCUGCUGCGGCUCCUAUCUAAAAUGCUCGCGACGUCGCUCACAGACUAUGCUGUCGCUUCAACAUCGACCCGAAGUCACCCGAGCCACAGUAGAAGGAAAAUCGGUAGCCUACAACGUCAAAAACUUCACAAGUUUGGCUAAUUUUCGAAAACCUCUAUCCUGCAAUCUCACGAGUUUCAGUAACUCGAGAAUUCGAUCGAAUAGUUGUGCCGUAGAGAUGAAGGUGAUGGGCACCUCGUCAAAUAAUAAUAAUAAUAACAGUAAUAACAAUAUAAUUAAUAAAAAUCAAAAUACUCAUAGUAGUAAUAAUAAUAAUAAUAAAAAGAGUGGUAGUAAUAAUUGUCUGACUGUUCAGGACGGGCAGGCGGAAGUGAUGGCCCGCCAGAGAGCUGCCUCGCUUUCCAUUCUGAACGUAAGUUGA